AUGUUAUUUCGACAGUGGAAACCGUCAUUUCAGCUCCCAAUAUCGCAAAUGGAUAGCUAUGAGACGAACUCUCGACGAAAGUCAUUGGGUUGGUGUAAAUUAGUCAUUUCGGCCUUGAUUCCAUGUGUCUUAGGUAUUUUUACAAUUAUUUUUACGUUGCAACAACAAGAUCUAUCGAAACAACAACAAGAACAAGAACGUUGGCAUCAACUUGAUUCUCAAAGACAAACAUCGUUCAAGGCAUACAUCGAUGACAUAUCAAAACUUCUCAAGCAACAAUCCACUAUGAGUCCAAUGAUCGAAAAAAUUUCGUUGCUUUAUAUCCGAACAAAAACGUUAACUGUUCUACGAACUUUGGAUGUUGAACGUAAAAAAUACGUUAUCUUAUUCUUGUAUGAAAGUGGCCUCAUUCAAGAUUCUAGUCUAGACUUGCGUGGUGCUGAUCUGAACAAUGUUCAAUUGAUUGGACCGUACAAAUUAGAGAAGCUUAACCUACCUGGUGUGUUCUGGUCGAAUGCCACAUUUGUCGAGUGUGAUCUGAAAAAUGCAACCUUCGAUCAAUCGGUUAUGAACAAUGCACGUUUCAUUCGAUCGACAUUGGAAUCGGCUUCAUUAGCUGAGACUGUCUUGAAUAAUACGGAUUUUACAGGAACUACGGUCAUUUUUGCGAAUUUUACUGGAGCAUUUCUAGUCGGAGCAAAUUUUCUCAACGCAGAAGUAGUUCAAGGGAUCACAUUUACGAAUAGUGAUUUAUUUCAAGCUCAUUUCACCGAAGACCAAUUCAAGGGGCAACGAGCCACUACAUCAUCACAUACUUUUAAUCACGCACGUUUACCCAAUGGAACUUUCGGACCGAUUGAUGCAAAAAAAAAUCUCAUUCAGAAUGGUGAUGCUGAAUGGAAUGUAAGAUACAUGUUUUCUUCCGAAAUCAUGCACUAG